AUGUCGAAAAAGGCUGGCCUAUUAUUGUUACUACUGAUGUGCAAUGUAAUAAAGUCCCAGUGUCAGUCAGCCGCAUUAUCAAGUGCGCCUUCAGGUGGAUUCGCGUUUGAAUUGGUUAUUGUGAAACUGCAAGCGCUAGAGCAUCAACUGAUCGACCGUAAAUUGGCUACAGAGGAAAAAUUUGCCAUUUUGAGUUCAAAAAUAGAUAAUCUCAUUAAGAAUGUCGAGAAUUUAGCUUGGACGGCAAAGCUAUCGGCCGAUGCAUUAAAUCAACUACAACUAAAUGGAAGGUUCAUUGAAAAAAAUCUCACCCCAAUUCAACGUGAUCUUUCAAGUGUUGUAGCUGAGCAGAAACUUUUGGUUACGAAUUCCCAGUUGAAAGAUUACCUUUCCCAGGGAUGUUGCAAUUCAACGAUAUACCCUUUUAAUGGAGAAAGUAUGACUACAAUCAGUCAAAGUCGCAAUUAUGCGUCUUGCAACAAGCUACCUUUUUCGGUGUCUGGAGUGUACACGAUUCAACCGGAAAAGCCUUUCAAAAAACCGAUAACUGUGUUGUGCGAUCAAGAAUACGAGUCGGGAGGAUGGAUUGUGAUACAACAUCGGUUUGACGGAUCGAUGAACUUCUACCGCGGUUGGCAGGAGUAUAAGGAAGGAUUUGGCAACCUGGAGGGAGAGUUCUGGUUAGGGCUGGAUCUUAUUUAUCAGCUAACCAAUUCGGGUCCCCAUGAGCUGGUGAUUCUGUUAGAGGACUUUGAUGGCAAUAAAUCAUAUGCCAAAUACGAUCAGUUUCAAAUAGGAACCGAAGACAAAAAGUAUGCACUAACCGUUAUAGAUGGAUAUUCGGGAACGGCAGGUGACUCCUUUGGAGAUGCAAAAGCAGCAAAGUUUUCUACGUAUGAUUCUGACAACGAUAUACAUCACACUAACUGUGCAGAAGUUUACCAUGGUGCCUGGUGGUAUAAAGGAUGUCACAAUAGCAACCUUAAUGGAAAAUACUUGCGUGGCCCGACUGUCGAAUAUGCAACGGGUAUGGUUUGGAAAUCAUUGAGAGGAUAUCAUUAUUCGCUAAAAAUCUCAAAAAUGAUGAUUAAACCCAAAUACUGA